GUUUUUUUUGACGUCGCAGCCACUCCGCAUCGUUACCAUGGCGCUGUGUGCGACCUUGACGACCGAGCCCCUGGCGGUGCUUCCUGCGGCAGAGGAGCUUUGGCGUGCGCUUCACGCACCUCUUCAACUGAAAUGGGAGGUGCCUUUGGAGGGAGGCUUCCAAGCUGCCUUGGUGGCGACGAUGGCUCAGGGCACUGCUCCGUGGCCCCCUGCCCGGGUGCAAUUGGAGCUUAGUUCGGGCGGCGAGGCAAAGGCCUUGGAAUUGCAGGUUCCCUCCAACGCCUCCGUGACACAAGUGGCUCAGCUCCUGACCGCCAGCUGUACGCUCCAAGGCAAUUUAUUUGGACAAACAGAUACGCCUUCAGAUGGCAUGCUGAAAAAGCAGAAGAAGGAUCCACUCCUUGAAGAUGUUGAUGUGAUUGAUCAAUGCCAGGAGCGCAAGAUCGCGCAACUGCAGAGCCUGGAUCAAUGGCACGAUGGGGUUUGUGGCCAUCAUGCACUCUUCAACUUGCGCUGCCUGCUACGAGAUGAGCUGGAUUCUCUUAGGGAUGAGCAGCGCUUCUGGCAACAGGUCAUCGCGGAUGUCCAGCGCUUGGCCCACUUCGGCGAGCUCUCGGGCUCCUGGCCCCGCAGCCGCGUGGUGUGCGGCGUGGCCGACGAAGUGCACCUCAGGCAUUUGGUGGAACAAGAUGAGGAAUUGACUGGGCGUAUCACACUGGCCUCAACCAUUGAAAGCCUGAAGGAACAGUUAAGAGGCCUGAAGAUCUCUGACGUGCAUGGCUUCUUGCUGGGAGCAGCUACGCACUGGUAUAGUGCUGCUGUGGUGCGUCAGAGCACUGGCGUGCGUAUCUAUUUCUUCGACUCCUACAACGUUCCAGUGGUCAGUUUGCGCUCCAACGAAGACAUCGAAGGCCUUGUGGAGCAGCGGCUUCAUCAAAGCCGUAGCCGUACCAUGGAGUCACUACGCAAGGACCCGCACUGGGCCCACCGCCCCCAAAACCAUCUGGAAGAGGCCGUCGAUGGAGGAGUCGAGGAGUGGUGGAAGGGUGUCCGGAAAGCCUCCAUGUUCUGGCGUCACAAGCCCUUAGAGGUGAAACGUGAGCUGCAGCGCAUGGACCUGCUACUGGUACGGGAUUUCCUCCACUUGUUACUGGCUGAGUACAGUCAUGAUCCUGGACCUUGACGACUGAUCUCCUGUUUUCUGCAGCCGGAUCUCCCUCAGAUGCACACUCACUUCAACCAUGAAGAGAAACAUAUGAAAGCUGAGUUGUUCUUGGGGGCGACGGUCCCCACAGCGCACGGUCCUAGCACGUCCCAACAGCUUGGAAGGGCUUCCCACCUGCGAUGGGAACGGUCCCAGCACGACGGAUGAAAGCCGUUGGAAGCCGUGCUCCGACCCCUUCACCUCCAUUUCUUUGAACAUGAAGAAGAACGGGCGAACCUGGUGAUGAGUCCGAGCUUGAAUCAUCCAGGACCCUGGUGGACUUGGAGUUUGAACUCCAUGAAACGGUCGCAUGGGCGCACAUGGCGCGCCCGUACCCGGGACUACUGGACGACGUAAACGGUGAACCAGGUCAACGGCGAGCGGGAU